CAUCCACUGCACCGCGCUCCACGAGGCUGUCCGCGGAUCCACGGCACGCGCAUUCCGCUCCCGCGCCAGCUCCGCACCGCACUGGGACUAAUGACUGCCGCCUCACUGGAAUGUACCCGGGAUUUUACUCUGUGGAUUAUUCUGGAUGCGUUUGAGCCAAGAUGGGCAUGAGACAGGCUCGAAGAUUCCAGUCCAGCUGCUUUUCCCAAUGGACAACACGGAAGAGGAAAGUUCACUUGCACUGAAAGGAUCUCUACACCUUCUGCCUUCAUUCCAAAAGCACCUCCUGCAUUCACUGACAAUGAACGGAACAGAAAUGGCUUUAGACUGUUAAAUAUGACUGUUCUGAUACUCCCCUAAAAUCAUAUUUUUAUAGAAGAUAUUUUUUGAAAAUCUUUUUGCAGCCAACAUCAAUUUGAACUGGAUCUGCUCAGAUCCCUGAAUAUUUGAAUAGAACUGCCAAUUCUUCACAGCUAUGGAUCUUGUACAUUUUUGUAUCCAGCUGCAGCUUCUGAUGAGCACAUGUUUGGGCCUGGAGUUCCUGGGCACUCCAGGACAGUGGGCGCGCUACCUCCGCUGGGACGCCAGCACUCGCAGUGAUCUGAGGUUUCAGAUUAAGACUGCCUCCCCUGAUGGAGUACUGCUUUACUUUGAUGAUGGGGGCUACUGUGACUUCCUGCUGCUGUCCGUGGUGGAGGGCAGACUGCAGCUGCGCUUUAGUAUCGACUGUGCAGAGACCAGUGUGGUGACAGACAAGCGGCUGGACGACAACCUGUGGCACUUUGUCAUGGUGAGCCGGUACAACCUGCGCACUGUGGUGGCUUUAGAUGGACUGGCCAAGGCCGACGAGGUGCGGCCCAAGAGGCAGCUGAUGAAGAUAGUCAGCGACCUUUUUGUAGGAGGAGUUCCUCAGGACAUCCGCAACGGAGCCCUCACUCUGCCCACAGUCAGGAGCAUGCCUCCAUUCAGAGGAACCAUCACUGAACUCAAGUACGGAAACAGCGCCCCCCUGCUGCUGGGAAGCCUCAAAGUCCCCCUGGAGACUGAGGGCUGGUGUUCUGUCAACCUGUGUGAGAAUGGCGGCACCUGCUCCGUGGUGGAUGGACAGCCAGUGUGUGACUGCUCCAAAACUCCGUACAAGGGCCGCUUCUGCAACCAAGAGGUCACACAGAAUCUGCCAGGCUUUGCACAUAUGAUGGCAGAACAAGCGAGAGAGGAGAAUGUGGCUACGUUCCGGGGAGCAGAGUACUUCUGCUAUGACCUGUCCCAGAACCCCAUCCAGAGUAGCAGUGACGAGAUCACUCUCUCCUUCAAGACGUGGCAGAGGAACGGUCUCAUUCUACACACGGGGAAAUCCGCAGACUACGUCAACUUGGCCCUGAAGGACGGGGCCGUGUCUCUGGUCAUAAACCUGGGUUCCGGGGCGUUCGAGGCCAUAGUGGAACCUGUAAACGGCAAAUUCAACGACAACACGUGGCAUGAUGUCAAAGUUACACGCAAUCUCCGACAGGUGACAAUAUCUGUGGACGGGAUCCUGACAACCACCGGGUACACCCAGGAGGACUACACCAUGCUGGGCUCAGAUGACUUCUUCUACGUGGGAGGCAGCCCCAGCACAGCGGACCUGCCUGGAUCUCCUGUCAGCAAUAACUUCAUGGGCUGUCUCAAAGAGGUGGUGUACAAAAACAAUGACAUCCGCCUGGAGUUAUCCCGUCUGGCUCGAAUCGUGGACCCAAAGAUGAAGAUCCAGGGCGAGGUAGCGUACAAGUGUGAGAACGUGGCCACUCUGGACCCCAUCUCCUUUGAGACCCCCGAGUCCUACAUCAGUCUGCCCAAGUGGAACACCAAGCGCAUGGGCUCCAUCUCCUUCGAUUUCCGCACCACCGAGCCCAACGGCCUUAUCCUGUUCACGCACGGCAAGCCCCAGGAACGGAAAGAUGCCUCACGCAGCCAGAAAAACACCAAGGUGGACUUUUUUGCUGUGGAGCUGUUGGAUGGGAGCCUUUUUCUGCUUCUGGACAUGGGCUCAGGCACUAUCAAAGUAAAAGCCACUCAGUCCAAAGUGAAUGAUGGUUCGUGGUACCAUGUGGACAUCCAGAGAGACGGCCGAUCGGGCACCAUCUCCGUGAAUAGCCGGAGGACGCCGUUCACUGCUAGUGGGGAGAGUGAGAUCUUGGAUUUGGAAGGAGACAUGUACUUAGGGGGUCUACCCACAGACCGCACCAACCUCAUCCUGCCCACCGAGCUGUGGACCGCCAUGCUCAACUAUGGAUACGUGGGCUGUGUGCGCGACCUCUUCAUCGAUGGGCGCAGCAAAGACAUUCGGCAAAUCGCUGAGGCCCAGAAUGGAGCGGGGAUCAAACCAUCAUGUACCAAACAGACAGGGAAGCAGUGUGAGAGCUACCCCUGUAAGAACAGAGGAGUGUGUAAGGAGGGCUGGAACCGUUUCAUCUGCGACUGCACUGGGACAGGCUUCUGGUCCAGGACCUGUGAGCGGGAGGCAUCAAUCCUGUCCUAUGAUGGCAGCAUGUACAUGAAGGUGGUGAUGCCCACAGUCAUGCACACAGAGGCGGAGGACGUGUCCCUGAGGUUCCGGUCACAGCGGGCCUAUGGUCUGCUCAUGGCCACCACCUCCAGAGACUCAGCGGACACGCUCCGGAUUGAACUGGACGGAUCCCGAGUCAAACUCACUGUCAACCUAGACUGUAUCAGGAUAAACUGUAACUCCAGCAAAGGACCGGAGACGCUGUAUGCUGGGCAAAAGCUCAAUGAUAAUGAAUGGCAUACAGUGCGCGUGGUGCGUCGUGGCAAAACCUACAAGCUAACUGUUGACGAUGAUGUAGCCGAAGGGCAAAUGGUGGGAGACCACACUCGCCUGGAAUUCCACAAUAUUGAAACGGGCAUCAUGACCGAGAAGCGCUUUGUGUCCAGCAUCCCAUCCAGCUUCAUUGGACAUCUGCAGAGCCUCAGAUUCAACGGAAUGCUUUAUAUUGACUUGUGCAAGAAUGGAGACAUUGAUUAUUGUGAACUGAACGCACGCUUCGGAGUUCGUUCUAUUAUCGCUGACCCGGUCACCUUCAAAACCAAAAGCAGCUACCUGAGCCUGGCCACACUGCAGGCCUACGCCUCCAUGCACCUGUUCUUUCAGUUCAAGACCACCUCCCCUGACGGCUUUAUCCUCUUCAACUCUGGAGAUGGGAAUGACUUCAUUGCUGUGGAGCUGGUCAAAGGGUACAUUCACUAUGUGUUUGACUUGGGGAACGGGCCAAACGUGAUCACGGGCAAAAGUGUAAGACCUCUGAAUGAUAACCAGUGGCACAAUGUGGCCAUCACGCGAGAUAACAGCAACACGCACACGCUCAAAGUGGACGCCACCACCACGAGCCAGAGCAUCAAUGGAGCCAAGAACCUCGACCUCAAAGGUGAUCUGUUUAUAGCUGGACUGGGUCCGGGCAUGUAUGGGAACCUGCCUAAGCUGGUGGCUUCUAGAGAGGGCUUCCAGGGUUGCCUGGCCUCGGUGGACCUGAAUGGGCGCCUGCCGGACCUCCUCAAUGAUGCUUUGUUCCGCAGCGGGCAGAUCGAGCGUGGAUGUGAAGGGCCAAGCACCACGUGUCAGGAGGACUCCUGUUCCAACAUGGGCAUCUGUAUCCAGCAGUGGGAGAACUACACCUGUGACUGUUCUAUGACCUCAUACACAGGAACUCAGUGCAACGACCCUGGGACCACCUACAUCUUUGGGAAAGGAGGGGGUCUCAUCACUUAUAACUGGCCCACCAAUGAGCGCCCCAGCACCAGAACAGACAGGCUGACAGUCGGCUUCAGCACCUCCUUAAAAGAGGGGAUUCUGGUGCGGAUCGACAGUGCUCCGGGCCUUGGAGACUAUCUCAUGUUACACGUGCAACAAGGUAAAAUUGGAGUGACGUUCAACAUUGGCACGGUGGACAUUACUGUGCAGGAGAGCAGUACUGCAGUGAAUGAUGGGAAGUAUCAUGUGGUACGAUUCACCAGGAACGGGGGCAAUGCCACGCUUCAGGUGGACAACUGGGCCAUCAAUGAACACUUCCCAACAGGAAAUAGUGAUUUGGAGCGCUACCAAAUGGCAAAUAAGAAAAUUCCUUUUAAAUACUCUCGACCAGUAGAAGAGUGGCUCCAAGAUAAAGGUCGUCAGCUGACCAUCUUCAACACUCAGGCCACAGUGUCCAUUGGGGGCAAUGACCGUGGGCGGCCGUUCCAGGGCCAGCUCUCUGGUCUAUACUAUAACGGACUGAAGGUGCUGAGUAUGGCGGCUGAGGGAAACCCCCACAUCCACAUCAAUGGCAGUGUGCGGCUGGUGGGAGACGUCCCUGGGAGGAGCACGGCCACGCCCCCAGACGGAGCCAGCUCAUUCGUUGAGACCACCACCAUGAUGUCUACUACAACCACACGCAAGCACCGCCUGUCCUCCACUGUCCAGCAUACGCCAGAUGAAAUGGUGUCGUCAGCAGAGUGCUCCAGUGAUGAUGAAGACCUGGAGUGUGAGAGCAGCGUCGCAGGUGGAUUGGCACUCCCCACAGAGCCGGGCGUCAGGCGACUCCCGGGGCCCUCAGAGGUGGUUCGAGAAUCUAGCAGCACCACAGGGAUGGUCAUCGGAAUAGUAGCCGCUGCAGCCCUGUGCAUCCUCAUCCUGCUGUACGCCAUGUACAAGUACAGGAACAGGGACGAAGGCUCCUACCAGGUGGACGAGAGCCGCCACUACAUAACCAACUCCGCUGUCCAGAGCAACGGCAACAUCAUGAAGGACAAACAACAGAGUGUGAAAGGCAGCCACAAGAAGCAGAAGAACAAGGACAAAGAGUACUAUGUGUGAGAAUGCAGCAUACAUACAUUCUCUGAAUGGACCUAUGGUCACACUGAACCAACACUGAUGCACUGUAAAAAAGCACACUUACUAUUGUAAGCAUAACCUGAGCUCAAUAGUACCGUAGAGACUUCCUCUGUGAUCAGCUCAGACAUGGAUAUAGCAGUCUGUCAUGCCCCACCACUCCCUCACUGACUUUUACCACUAUAUCCUCGCCAUCAAAGCACAUUUUUGUGAAAUUGUUCAAAGGCUCAUGUUCUUGAUCAUUUUUGGCAUGUAAGCAGCAUAUUGUGCUUAACAAGAGUGGGUCAGGACACAGUCAUUGUAGUAGUCAGAUGUGGUUAAUGCAUAAUACAGGUGUGGUGUCAAAACAAUAGAAUCGUAUCAAAAGAAAUAUAUAAGUAAAUGACCUUUGGCAUUAAUUCACUUUAGUCCCAGUGUCGGACCAAAAGUCUCUUUUUGGAAAUGAUCUAAAAUAUUGUACAGUAUAGAGUAUGAAAUAUUUAUUUUCAAUCACUUUUGAUUAA